AACGAGACGUCGACGAGUAAGCAGCGCGACCCAGUUAAAAGCGAAUAUACAUUUAAACUGCAACUAAAUAAUUACUUGUGUCUACGUCAUGGCGUUUCUGAAUAAGCUAGCGGCGCCUGCACUGCGUCAGCUGGUGUCCAGUCGCUCCUAUGCCGCCGUCUCGCAUGUCUCGGCCACCGGUCCGUCCUUCGCCCUCACCGAGGAGCAGCAGCAGCUGCAGGAGAUGGCGCGCAAGUUCACCAGGGAGGAGAUCAUUCCUGUGGCGGCGCAAUACGACAAAUCCGGCGAGUACCCGUGGCCCAUUAUAAAGAAGGCCUGGGAACUGGGACUCAUGAAUAAUCACAUACCCGCCGAGUUGGGUGGUCUGGACUUGGAUGUGUUCACCACCUGCCUGACAGCCGAGGAGUUGGCCUAUGGCUGCACCGGCAUCAUGACUGCGCUGGAAGCCAGCGGUCUAGGUCAAACACCUGUGAUCCUCUCGGGCAAUAAGGAACAAAAGAAAAAGUAUCUGGGUCGUCUGCUGGAGGAGCCUUUGGUGGCUGCCUACGGUGUCACAGAACCCGGCGCAGGUUCCGAUGUGUCCGGCAUCAAGACAAAGGCCGAGAAGAAGGGCGACGAGUACAUCCUCAAUGGCCAGAAGAUGUGGAUCACCAACGGCGGUGUGGCCAACUGGUACUUUGUGCUGGCCCGCACCAAUCCCGAUCCCAAGUGCCCGCCUAGCAAAGCCUUCACCGGCUUCAUUGUCGAUCGUGAUACACCCGGAUUGACGCCUGGCCGCAAGGAGCUCAACAUGGGACAGCGUGCAUCCGACACACGAGGCAUCACCUUCGAGGAUGUGCGUGUGCCCAAGGAGAAUGUGUUGGUUGGCGAAGGUGCCGGCUUUAAGAUCGCCAUGGGCACCUUUGACAAGACCCGCCCUCCAGUUGCUGCCGGCGCCGUCGGUCUCGCCCAGCGCUGCAUGGAUGAGGCAUUGAAGUAUGCGCUGGAACGCAAAACCUUCGGUGUGCCCAUUGCCCAUCACCAGGCCGUGCAGUUCAUGCUGGCCGACAUGGCCAUUGGUGUGGAGACAUCCCGUCUGGCGUGGCGUCUGUCCGCCUGGGAGAUUGACCAGGGUCGCCGCAACAGCUACUAUGCCUCGAUCGCCAAGUGCCAUGCUGCCGAUAUGGCCAACAAGAUUGCCUCCGAUGCGGUCCAGAUCUUCGGCGGCAACGGCUUCAACAGCGAGUAUCCCGUGGAGAAACUGAUGCGCGAUGCCAAGAUCUAUCAGAUCUACGAGGGCACCUCCCAGAUCCAGCGUCUGAUCAUCUCGAGAAACAUGUACGAGGUGGCCAAGGGCAAUCAAUAAUUAAUAAUACAAUUCUCUCCUCAUUCACAAACGAUAAAUAAAAUACGUUAAGUUACAUAAAACAACAAA